CAACAGCAGUAAGAGGUAAGAGAAGUAGUACUUGGAUCUGCUAGGAUAUUAGAAGUGAAAGGAUUUGCAUCUGCAGAAUCAGUGGCUGUCUUAGAAGCUUGUUAGAGACCAGACCAAGCUGGCUGCUUCCUGGUGUCGGGACACAGUUAACGCUUAUUUCUGCAUGACUCCUUUCUCUCCAGGCACAAGUGCGUCCCUCUGCCGGGGUGUCAUGGAAGGGCUGCUGACGAGAUGCGGGGCACUGGCCGCCUGCAGCCACCAGCUCUCUGGGUCCGUUCCCAGAGGGUUUCACCACUGUGCCCUGGGGAGAGGGAAGCGCUUGGUGCUGUCCCGCAUGUUCCAGCCACAGAACCUUCGGGAAGACCAGGUGCCCUCCUUGGAGGGCAGAUCUGGCGACCUGACUUGUAAAAGCCAGCGGCUGAUGCUUCAGGUCGGCCUGAUCCACCCGGCGAGCCCCGGCUGUUACCACCUCCUGCCUUACGCUGUCCGCGCCAUGGAGAAGCUGGUGCGGGUGAUAGACCAGGAGAUGCAGGCCAUCGGGGGGCAGAAGGUCAACAUGCCCAGCCUCAGCCCGGCAGAGCUCUGGCGAGCCACCAACCGCUGGGACUUGAUGGGCAAGGAGCUGCUGAGACUGAGGGACAGACACGGCAAGGAAUACUGCUUAGGACCAACUCACGAGGAAGCCAUUACAGCCCUGGUCGCCUCCCAGAAGACACUGUCCUACAAGCAGCUUCCGUUCCUGCUGUACCAGGUGACAAGGAAGUUUCGGGACGAGCCUAGGCCCCGCUUUGGUCUUCUCCGCGGCCGAGAGUUUUACAUGAAGGACAUGUACACCUUCGACUCCUCCCCAGAGGCCGCCCAGCAGACCUACAGCCUGGUGUGUGAUGCCUACGGCAGCCUCUUUGCCAGGCUGGGGCUGCCGUGUGUCAAGGUCCAGGCAGCUGUGGGCAGCAUCGGGGGCACGAUGUCUCACGAGUUCCAGCUACCAGUGGAUGUCGGAGAGGACCGGUUUGCAGUCUGUCCCAGCUGCAGCUUCUCGGCCAACGUGGAGACACUGGACUUCUCACAAACGAACUGCCCUUCUUGCCGGGGACCACUGACGGAAACCAGAGGCAUUGAGGUGGGGCACACAUUCUACCUGGGCACCAAGUACUCUUCCGUUUUCAAUGCCCAGUUUACCAACGUCCACGGCAAGCCAUCCCUGGCUGAAAUGGGGUGCUAUGGCUUGGGCGUGACCCGGAUCUUGGCUGCUGCCAUUGAAGUCCUCUCUACGGAAGACGGCCUUCGCUGGCCCAACCUCCUGGCCCCUUACCAAGUCUGCCUCAUCCCCCCUAAGAAGGGCAGUAAGGAGGCGGCGGCCGCAGAGCUCAUGGGGCAGCUGUAUGACAACAUCACCGAGGCUGUGCUGCCGCUUCGCGGGGAGGUCCUGCUGGAUGACAGGACCCAUCUGACCAUUGGAAACAGGCUGAAAGAUGCCAACAAGUUUGGCUACCCCUUUGUGAUCAUCGCUGGCAAGAGGGCCUUGGAGGACCCUGCACAUUUUGAGGUUUGGUGCCAGAACACUGGAGAGGUCGUCUUUCUCACCAAAGAGGGAGUCAUGGAAUUGCUGAGCCAAGUGCACGUCGUCUAAACCGCCCCGCCACCCACCCAUCUCACGGCCUUGGUGGUCGUUCUAAUGCUGUCUUGUCCUACACUCCUUCCUGGGCUGGUCUCCCCAGAAACAGGGCAGCUCCUGGAAGGUGAGACCGUGGUAGGGAAACCAAUUUUUAUCCAGUCAUUUGUUCAGACUAUUUGUAUUUAAAGUUGUUAUCUUGACCCUUUCCUCUGGACCGGCCAUGCUGCCACAUACCAUUCCUUUAUAUUCCAUUCUGGAAGCUUCUGUCAGGAGGCAGACAGGCAGGAAAGAGCCGAGUCCUCGUGGUGGCCCUUAGGCGAGUCGCUUCCCUUGUCCCAGCUAUGUCCCAUGUCUCGGAGGGGAGUUGCUGAUGGCCGACACCCUCCCGCUCCCGCAGUCUGAGCAUGUGCCUCUUGGUGCAUUCGGUCUGGAGAGCCGGCCCACCAGCUGUCCUCUACUUGGACACAUCCCCUUCCCUGCUGGGGCCUCAGUUUUCCCCUCUGUGACAUGAGAAAAUGGAACUAGAUCUGUAAAGUCCUUACAGCUGUCACUGGCUGGUUCCACGAGAGGUUCAUGAGCGGCAGGUCUGGUCCUCUGAUGCUCUGUAGUCUAAGCUACACAGGAAGUUGGUAUAAUUGGCUAAUGGCCCAAAACCUCCAGAGACCUGGCUGUAUGAGGCAGCUUAGCA